AUGGCUGCAAAUGGGACCCCUCAUCUAAGUCGGCGGAUUAGUGAAUGCCUGCCAGAUGAUCUACACAGCGGCUCUAGCAGCGAAGAUGAAUUCAAUCGCAAGAUCGAGGUUGUCUUCGACCAAGACAGCGCGCGAAGACGGAAGUCCUCAGUGGUCCUCCCUGAAACGCCAUACAUCGAGAAGCCCUCAAGACGACAACAUGCUCCCCGUGCGACAUCUCAAUGCCUCGUGCACAAAUUGGUCGAGAAGACCUCGCUGGGCCAGCAGCCCAAAGUCGAGUCGAAGCUAGAACAAAUCAACGAAGUCGAACCCACAAAGUCCGGCCCGGGAUCGGUGUCAUCGAACAGAAUCGACGACGAUGGCAUGAGGGAAGAAGCCCGGGCCACACAGUCACGCCUCUUGACUAAGAAACAAUUGAGCGACAUGGCUAUGAGUGUGCGGACGUUGGCCAAGAGACUGGGUAAUCUCAAAGUCCGGUUGAGGAUCCGGACGAUUUUCCUUUUGACCAAGGCGUAUGAUCGAUCCUUGAUUGCCAAAACUCAGGAGGUGGCCAGGUGGCUACUCUCCAAAGAUCGCGCGGUGCCGUAUAUUGUCUACGUAGAAGAUACCAUGAAGGGCAACAAGGCAUUUGACGCCGAGGGUCUGAUUGCUGAAGAUCCCUCGUAUGGAGAGAGGUUGAAGUACUGGGACAAUGAUCUGGCUAAGAAACAUCCGCAUCUGUUUGAUUUCGUGGUCACUCUGGGUGGAGAUGGAACUGUGCUCUAUGCCAGUUGGUUGUUCCAAAGGGUCGUACCACCUGUUCUGUCCUUUGCAUUGGGGUCUCUGGGAUUUCUGACCAAAUUCGAUUUCAACGAUCAUCAACAGAUUCUCACCCAAGCUUUUAGGGACGGUGUCACGAUUAGCUUGAGACUACGGUUCGAAGGCACAAUCAUGAGGUCUCACAAACGCGAUGAUGAUGCCGAGAACCGCGAUAUCGUGGAGGAGUUGAUUGGGGAGGAAGUCGAUGACCGAAAGACACAUAAGCCAGACCGGAGCUUUGAAAUUCUGAACGAUGUGGUGGUUGACCGUGGGCCCAACCCGACCAUGUCGACGAUAGAACUGUUUGGCGAUGAGGAACACCUGACCACCGUCCAGGCAGACGGAAUCUGCGUGGCCACACCGACUGGUUCAACAGCAUACAAUCUUGCCGCGGGUGGUUCUCUCUGUCAUCCGGAGAACCCAGUGAUACUCGUGACUGCUAUCUGUGCACAUACCCUUUCUUUCCGACCGAUCAUUCUUCCGGACACGAUCGUGUUGAGGUUGGGUGUGCCUUAUGACGCGAGAUCUAAUUCUUGGGCGAGUUUCGACGGACGGGAGAGAGUCGAACUCUUCCCGGGAGACUACGUGACGAUAUCGGCGUCGAGGUAUCCCUUUGCCAAUGUGAUGCCUCCAGGUCGUCGUAGUGAAGAUUGGGUCAACAGUAUCUCGAGGACUUUACAGUGGAACUCGAGGCAACGACAAAAAGCUUUCAACGAGUGGGAGGGUGAGAAGAUAGAGGAGGGCAAGUCUGCUGAGAAUGAGGCUGGUAACAAAGAUGAGGAGAAAGAUGUUGGUGGUGGUGAGGGUGAGGAUAACGGUGCCGGUGCCAAUGAACAGGACUACUUUAACAGCCACUGA